GGUAGCCGUGGAGAGAAGAAAAGGAAAGAAAAACAAGAAGACAGUGGAGGACAGAACGAGUACCAAGACAGACAGAUCCACUGGGACCUUAGCGCGAGCGUCAGCAAGUAUAGACGGCUCCGACACUCCAGAACCCACAGAGACGACGGGCAUCACAAGGAGCGCAUAUAUCGCCAGGGCUUCGGUGAGCUUCUUCACUUCUCCGUGCCUCGAGAGGACUAUUGGGUUUGACGUACCUACUGAUGAGCGUGAUGCGCGCGCGUGACAGUAUGGCAUUCCCGUCAUUCCAGCGGUCUGCUUUUAGGGCACUCGUGGCCUUUACGGUGCUUCUCGCGACCUCUGUUCGGAGCAACGACGUUAACAACAACGAUGAGGAACUUUUCCAGCCAGUGGCCCAAGAUGAGACAGUGGCAGUUGGCGGAACAGUGACCCUGACCUGCAACGUAAAGGAAAACGAUAACUCCUCCCUCCAGUGGUCAAACACGGCACAGCAAACCUUAUACUUCGGAGAGCAGAGAGCACUGAGAGAUAACCGUAUCCAGUUGGUGAAGUCCACGUCCACAGAACUGAUAAUCACCAUUUCAAAUGUUCAGCUGUCAGAUGAUGGAGACUACACAUGUUCCAUCUUCACUAUGCCUGUACGGACUGCACGGGCCACCGUUACUGUACUUGGUGUUCCAGGUAAGCCUGUGAUAACAGGUUUUGAAGAUGUUGUUCAGGAGAACAGCAAAGUUACUCUCACCUGUACCAGUUCAGGCAGCAAACCUCCUGCUAAAUUACACUGGUACAAAGAUAAUGAGGAGCUACAAGGCCGUCCUGAUGUAGUGGAAUCCAACCCAGAUGAACCAACCUACACAGUAACCAGCGAGCUCACCCUCACUGUCACCAGGAAUGAUAACAAUGCUAUGAUCGCCUGUGCGGUGGAUCACGCAUCCAUCACCAAUGGAGACAAGAAGACAGAGCAGCCACUCAGCGUCUUGUUUUCUCCAAGUGUAUGGAUUCAGCCUGAGAGUGACCUGCCCAGAGAAGCAGAGAAGUUUUACCUGCAGUGUGUGGGGAACGGAAACCCAGAACCAACUGCAUUCGAGUGGGAAAAAAAGGACGGAGAGCUUCCCCCACUGGUGAAGGUGGACGGUGCAUUCUUGCGCUUCGAAUCUCUCAACAAGUCAGAUAAUGGCGUUUAUCGGUGCCAGGCUGAUAACGGAAUCGGCAAGGGGGACGGAUCAUACACACUCCUGGUGCAAGAUCUAAGAGAUCCAGACCUCCUCAUCCUCAACUCUCCUCCUCCUCUUUUACAUUCAUCCACUGUUUAUCCUACGUCUCCUGCUGAUCCCUCUGUUUCAGCCUCCACAGAGAGUAAAACUUACCCUUCUCCCUCCUCUUCCACCUCUGUGCCUACGUCCACUCAAUCCAUCUCUUCUACUCUCGCUCCUUCACCCACUACCUCUCCCUCUCUACCUCCUUCUCCUGAAAUUCCCACCACCUCUUUUUCCAAUGCUCUUUUCCCUGACCUCUCUCUUCCACCCUCCUCUGUUCCUGCUCACACCCCUCCGUCACCCCCCUUAUCACCUCCUGUCACUCCUUCAUCUGUCCCCCGGCUGAAUGGAGUGUACACCUUUACAGAAGCCGGAGAGAGCGCUGCAGACCCCACAGCAAUGUCCACCUCCUCAGGAGUAGACCAUGCAGUUAUUGGUGGAGUGGUUGCUGUCAUUGUCUUCAUCAUGCUUUGUCUCCUCAUCGUCCUCGGCAGAUACUUAAUCAGACAUAAAGGUACAUACCUGACUCAUGAGGCGAAAGGUUCUGACGAUGCUCCUGAUGCAGACACAGCCAUCAUUAACGCUGAGGGCGGCCACUCCGGGGUAGAUGACAAAAAAGAGUACUUCAUCUAGAGAUCAAUCCCUCCAUACCCUCUUCCUUCUCACGCUUCAGUUCACUCAGCCUGACAGGGGAUGACAGAAGAAAGAGGGAAUAUAUGAGAGAGAGUAAAACGUGUUGACCUGUUGGAACUGAAGAUCCUCAAAUAAGCUUCAACACACAAGACAGGGAAGUGAGAGUUAUGCACUGACGUGUGGGGCUCAUUUUCUUACACACACAUACACUUAAACACAUGGGUUCAUACAACUUACAGUACACACAUAUACACACACACUCGCCAUGUCUGCAUUGCCAUAAUCACACAUGAGCAUGAUCAUGAGCAAAUCAUACAUGACAAACUUGAAACAAUAAAAAACGUACCUAAAGGCAAUAUGACAGUGACCACUCCUCGCUCAUCACCACUGAUUCUUUUGAAACAGUCCAUAUCAAGCACGAAAGCGCUGUGGCACAUGCACACAGUGACGUACAUACAUGAACUUUCUGCAACCAAAACCACUGGAAAAACACACUGAACAACAAGUAACUUAAAACUAAAGACAAAAUUUAAAUAAACAUGCACACACACACACACACACACUCAUAUAUCACCCCAAUGUUAUAUACUCAUACACAGACCUACUUACUACAUACUAAAUACCUAAAUACAUGCAAACUAAUACACUACACACAGAGCACCCUGACAAAAACAGCAGCCCCUGCAGUCAUUGCACGGGACCCCAAUAUAAAUAUAUAAAUACAUAUAUAUUAUAUAUGAUUAUAUAGCAUCAUUUUUACUCAGUGUGCUGUAAAUAUACCCUCCUUCUCUUUAUCUCUCUCUCUGAUAUUGUGGUAUAUACUCUCUGAGCCUGCCUGGUUUUCUUACAUGCGUAGAAAUGCCGAGUUGAAAAAAAAAAUAUCUGGACUAUAGGAAAAAAAAACGUGGUGUUAUAAAACUUCAGACAUAUUUGUUUGAAUUAUGCUCUUAUCUCUUCAAGUUCAUUUCUGGUAUUUACUGUUGGUGCAACGAUCUAUUGUCAUCAGCCUGGGAAGGUAUUAUUAUUAAUUAUAAUGAGGUUCCACCUCUUUAUCAGAAUGCAAUGAUUGUUUGUUUGUUUGUUUAUUUAUUUGUUUGUUUUUUUUUGGAUAAAUUCAAGUGAUUAGCUCACUCACGCCACCUUCAGGAAUAAAUCAGUCCUGUUCUUCAGUAGCAGGUCAUUCAGAAAAAGCAGGGUAACACAAACAAUACUCCAAAAAAUCUCUCUCUCUCUCUCUCUCUCUCUCUCUCUCUCUCUCUCUCUCUCUCUCUCUCUCUCUCUCUCUCUCUCUCUCUCUC